AUGAAGUUGAUUUAUCUUGGAUUACUGAGCAAUCUCCUCAAUUCGCAUUCCCUAGCCCACGUUGCUAAUGUGGCUGUAAGGAAGAUUGGGAAGAAUGCCAUAAUUAAAGACAAUAAGGUUACGUGGUUGGGAGAAGACGGUUUUCAAGAUGGUUUUUCAUGCCCAGAUACCCAUGUUCUCCAACCCAGCGCUGAUCAGCAGUCGGCUUCCUGCUGCUUACCUGGCCUAACUCUCAAAGGUACUUCCACCACGUCCUUUGACUGCUGCGCUGAGGGCCACGAUCUAGCUGGCUCUGAGGCUGUCGGCUAUAUCUGCUGUCCCACUGGGCAAAUCUACGACGGGAAGGUAUGCAAAAAUGGCAAACCUCUGGUGGAGGGUAAAUGUGCCUGUUCCGAAGAUAAAAAUGUUACCACUGAGGGAUGCUGUGAACCGGAAGAAUGCUCAUCUGGACUAAAGACUGGGAAAUGCUAUACGUUCAGGGAGAGCAAUGGCUAUCUUCUCGGUUACCUCCGUACUGGAAAAUACUACAACGCAGCUCCGGAUAGCAGAGAUCGCAUUUUUGGGAAAUUCCAGCUCUGCAGAGACCGGAUGUGCAACCCAGGACGUCCAAUCAACGCCGGAGACGAGCUUUAUAUCAAAGACCUCCACGGAACCCCCAUGGACGGAGCAGACGCAGGUCAGUGGAUGAACAACGCGGCCGAUGGGCCUCAUAUUGGUAAAACUCCAGACUUUGCGAUGGCAGGUAGAUUUGCAAUCACCAAGUGGCCUUGCGGUAAAUACUGCAUUACUGGGGCUGAAUUAGGCCUUGGGCCUGCAUGCCCGGCGGAUUUCCCAGCGCUUACAUUUUACUCUCGAUCUUCUGAGCCUUGUGUCGCAUAUGAACUUACAGAAGUUCCAUGCAGUGUCAGGAGCAUCAAGAAUAACUGCGUCUGGCACAAUGGCAAGGGUCAAUGCUGUGACAAGAUUGACUGUUCAGAGAGGAAGUGCCACAAAUAA